GCCUUUCCCGAAUUUAUUCAAAAGUUUAGCAAUUACAAUACCAAAGAGCUCCAUUUUUCCUCUUUAAUUUCUCUUCGUCAAUUAAAAUGGCUCUUUCCAAGACAGCUUCUGAAUCCGAUGUCUCAAUUCAUUCCACCUUUGCCUCCCGCUACGUCCGAAACUCGCUUCCUAGGUUUCAAAUGCCGGAGAACUCGAUACCGAAGGAGGCGGCGUACCAGAUCAUAAACGAUGAGCUGAUGCUUGAUGGGAAUCCCAGGUUGAACUUGGCUUCAUUUGUGACGACAUGGAUGGAGCCUGAAUGUGAUAAGCUUAUGAUGGCUGCCAUUAACAAGAACUAUGUUGACAUGGAUGAAUACCCUGUCACCACUGAGCUUCAGAACCGAUGCGUGAACAUGAUAGCAAGGCUAUUCAACGCUCCAUUGGAGGAGACAGAGGCGGCGGCGGGGGUUGGAACCGUGGGAUCAUCGGAGGCAAUUAUGCUGGCAGGCCUUGCAUUUAAAAGAAAGUGGCAAAACAAGCGCAAGGCCGAAGGCAAACCUUGUGACAAACCCAAUAUUGUUACUGGAGCCAACGUUCAGGUUUGCUGGGAGAAAUUUGCAAGGUAUUUCGAAGUGGAGCUGAAGGAAGUUAAACUACGUGAAGGUUACUUCGUGAUGGACCCAGUCAAAGCUGUAGAAAUGGUGGACGAAAACACUAUUUGUGUUGCUGCCAUCCUCGGUUCUACUCUCAAUGGAGAAUUUGAAGAUGUCAAACUCUUGAAUGAUCUUUUGCUAGAGAAGAACAAGCAAACUGGAUGGGAUACCCCAAUUCAUGUUGAUGCUGCCAGUGGUGGAUUUAUAGCUCCAUUUUUGUACCCAGAGCUUGAAUGGGAUUUUAGGCUUCCACUAGUGAAAAGCAUUAACGUUAGUGGCCACAAAUAUGGGCUUGUGUACGCCGGAAUUGGGUGGGUUAUAUGGAGGAGCAAAGAGGAUUUGCCUGAAGAACUCAUCUUCCAUAUUAACUACCUUGGAGCUGAUCAACCCACUUUCACUCUGAAUUUCUCCAAAGGUUCCAGUCAAGUCAUUGCUCAAUACUACCAACUAAUCCGAUUAGGGUGGGAGGGAUACCGAAAUGUAAUGGAGAAUUGUCACGAAAACGCAAUGGUACUCAAACAAGGAUUGAAGAAGACUGGCCGCUUCAACAUCGUUUCAAAGGACGAUGGAGUUCCAUUGGUAGCCUUUUCUCUCAAGGACAACAAACGCCAUGACGAAUUCAAGGUAGCCGAAAUGCUGCGUCGUUUCGGAUGGAUUGUGCCGGCAUACACCAUGCCCGCAGACGCUCAACACAUUACCGUGCUUCGAGUUGUGGUUAGAGAAGACUUCUCUCGCACCCUGGCUGAGCGUCUGGUGCUGGACAUCACAAAGGUGCUGCACGAGCUCGAUAAUCUCCCUGCAAAAUUGUCUGUCACUUCUCAACACAGCAAUGGAAAGAAUGGCACAGUGGUGAAGAAGACUGUGAUUGAAACUCAGAGGGAAGUCACUGCUUAUUGGAAGAAAUUCGUCCUGGAAAGCAAAACUAACAAGAACAAAAUUUGCUAAAUGCAUGUAGCAUUUAUCGGAUCAAAUCUUUUGGUGUUAAUUUGCUGAGGUCGAUGAGUUAAUUAGUGUAUUUCUGACUGUUAAAUUAAUUAAUUCGGCUUGUUGGACGCCUUAGUGA